AUGCUCUUCACUAAUCGAAUGUGGAUGGUGCCUGAAUCUAAAGGUAUGACAAGGACCACUGCAGUAGAAGCUGACAGGUUAAAGUUAGUUUCAGAAGGUUGUGAUCCAAAUAUUGAUGUUACGCGCAAAUCCAAAGAUAUUUUUGGCGAAGUGUCUAGGACUCAUCAUGCCAUACAGACAUUGGAUAAAACUAUUUCAAAUUUAGAGAUGGAAUUGGCUGCUGCAAGGGCAGCACAAGAGUCUAUCCUUAGUGGUUCUCCUCUGUCAGAAGAUAUGAACACUGGUUCAUCUGGGAAAAGGAAAUAUUUUAUGGUUAUAGGAGUCAACACUGCUUUUAGCAGCCGAAAAAGAAGAGAUUCUGUUCGUGCUACCUGGAUGCCACAAGGAGAGAAGCGGAAAAAGUUGGAGGAAGAGAAGGGGAUUAUUGUACGCUUUGUCAUUGGUCAUGGUGCCACAGUUGGUGGUAUAUUGGACAGAGCUAUUGAAGCAGAGGACAAAAUGCAUGGUGAUAUUUUGAGACUGGAUCAUGUUGAGGGGUACCUUGAAUUGUCAGCCAAGACAAAGACAUAUUUUGCAGCUGCUGUUGCUUUAUGGGAUGCAGAAUUCUAUAUCAAAGUUGACGAUGAUGUUCAUGUGAAUAUAGCCACACUGGGAGAAACUUUAGCAAGAUAUCGGAGAAAACCACGGGUAUAUAUUGGAUGCAUGAAAUCUGGUCCAGUCCUUGCUCAAAAGCAUGUACUGCACAAGUAUGCUAACGAGGAUGUAUCUUUGGGAUCUUGGUUUAUUGGACUCGAUGUGCAGCAUAUUGAUGAUCGGAGAUUAUGUUGUGGAACCCCACCAGGUCUGCUGAGAGGAUUAAAGAGGUCCAUCAGCGAUGCGGUGAAGGUGAGAAUGCUGUGUGGACUGCUGCCUUUUGAGAAUCGACUAGCAAUUCCUCCAAACUCAGGAAGGUGA